AUGACCCUCAGACUGUACCUGUGCGCUAUGACCCUCAGACUGUACCUGUGCUCUAUGACCCUCAGACUGUACCUGUGCUCUAUGACCCUCAGACUGUACCUGUGCUCUAUGACCCUCAGACUGUACCUGUGCUCUAUGACCCUCAGACUGUACCUGUGCUCUAUGACCCUCAGACUGUACCUGUGCUCUAUGACCCUCAGACUGUACCUGUGCUCUAUGACCCUCAGACUGACCAUGCCUCCCCGGUCCCCCCUCUCUCUCCUCCCGCUCUUGACGCUCUGUCUCGGGGUGAAAUCAGCGCUUUUUCUGCCCGGAGCCGCGGAGGACUGUUCCCAGCAGGACCUCAGCUGCUCCGUGAGCUUCAGUAACUGUUUGGACCCGGGCUGGAUCCAGUCUUACGACUACACUCCACCUGGACCAGAAAGCCUGGACUUGAAGAUUGUAACCAGACUAGAUCCAGAGGGCUUCCUUCUGCCAGUGAUCAGCGCCACCUGGAGGCUGCGCGACGACAGUGGUAUAAAGGACCUCAAAGCCUCUGAGCUCCAGGUCCUCACAGCAGCGACGAAUCAGUAUCUGUGUGUGAGGUUCACCUACAAGAACACACUGAAAAUGAGGAACCUCCAAGGAGACCAGUGGACUCUGCACUCGGACCAUGUGGUCGUGGACCCGGGUCAGGUCUACAGUGUGUCUCUGGAGAACGUCCCCAAAGCAGAAGAAGGUCACAACAACUACGGCAUACACCGGAAUAUCACCGUUCCAGACUGCUCUGACGCCAUGAUGAAAACUACUCGUCCCUGUAUUGAGGAGGGUUACCACUGGACUCCAAACAUUGAGGUCUCGGCCUCGGACAGGGUUUUGUCAGUGGAGUUUAGUCCUGAUCCUCUGACUGAUAAAUACUUGGUCCUGCUGCACUGUGGUUUGACAGACGUCGCUAAGAAGCCGACGCCUGUCACCGCGGAGCCGACAGCUCUCGCCAACACAGUCGGUUCCAGAGUCGGGUCCAGACUGACGGCGUCCUUCUCCCUGGAGCCAUGGACCUGCUGCAGGUUGUCCGCGGAGGUGCUCGGACACUUCCCUCGCUGUGGACACGACUGUCGCAGACACAGAAAAGAAGUGUCUCUGUGCAGGACACAGCAGGAGAGAGCAGGUGACCCAGAACAGCCCCCUCUCCCUGUGGUGUUGUCAGUUUCUCUGGUCGUCAUCUUCAUCAUCAUCAUCAUCUUCACUGUUGUCACCUGCAGAAAGAAACGUUCCUCUCAGCCGCUGGACCUGGAACCUCCGGUUGAGAAGCAGCUGCAGGACCAGCCCACAGUUCUGUUGAUCUACUCUCGAGACCACCCUCUGUUUGUGGACGUGGUUCUGAAACUCACCGGCUUCCUCCAGGCUCACUGCGGCGUCAAGGUUCUCCUGGACCUCCUGGACAGCUGUAAGGUGUCUCAGUUUGGAGUUGUCCGCUGGUUAGAGCUGCAGCGGAGGUCUCUCUCUCAGAACGAUAAAGUCCUCGUCCUCUGCUCUCGCGGCGUCCAAUCUAAAUGGAGAGCCCUUUGUGGGCAGGGUCAUGUGACACAGCAGCCGGACGAUCUGAUUGGUCCAUUCGUGAGCCUGUGUUUGUCAGAGCUGCACUCUCCUCAGACCAGAAGCAGGUACCUGCCGGUCUUCUUCGAGGCCCUGAGCUCAGAGGAGGACGUCCCGUCCUUCUUCGACGUCUCGGUCAAAUACAAACUGAUGAAGCACCUGGAGGAGCUGUUCUUCCGUCUCAUCGAGAAGGAGAAGUACCAACCCAAGACAAUCCACCACGUGCAGGGCCUGGGCCCGGACCAGGUCUGUGGGAGCGCGUCUGGCCGGGCGCUAAUGCAGGCACUGACCACCUUCAGCGCUUUCCAGGCGCUUGACCCGGACUGGUUCGAGACACACGACCCGGAGUGUGAGACCACGCCCAUCCUCAGAGACACCGCCCACAUUUCCAUGCUCGACGUCUGGACCAAUCAGAGCGCUGGACACUUGUACGUGACGGAGCCCGAGCUGCAGCCUGGUCUGAACCUGGCCCUCAACACUCCACUGCUUCAGGAGAGGGCCCCCGAGGUGUUCGAGCUGCUCCCACACCCAGAGAGGAGACCAGAGGAGGUGCUACACCCAGAGAGGAGACCAGAGGAGGUGCCACACCCAGAGAGGAGACCAGAGGAGGUGCCACACCCAGAGAGGAGACCAGAGGAGGUGCUACACCCAGAGAGGAGACCAGAGGAGGUGCCACACCCAGAGAGGAGACCAGAGGAGGUGCUACACCCAGAGAGGAGACCAGAGGAGGUGCUACACCCAGAGAGACCAGAGGAGCAGAAAGGAGUAUCAGACCAGGGCUUCACAGAGGAGGAGGUGCACAGAGGAGACCAGGGCUUCACAGAGGAGGAGGUGCACAGAGGAGGAGACCAGGGCUUCACAGAGGAGGAGGUGCACAGAGGAGGAGACCAGGGCUUCACAGAGGAGGAGGUGCACAAAGGAGGAGACCAGGGCUUCACAGAGGAGGAGGUGCACAAAGGAGGAGACCAGGGCUUCACAGAGGAGGAGGUGCACAAAGAAGGAGACCAGGGCUUCGCAGAGGAGGAGGUCCACACAGGAGGAGACCAGGGCUUCGCAGAGGAGGAGGUGCGCAGAGGAGGUUCUGGAGAGGGGUCCAUAUCCAGUGCUUCUGACCAGGGCUACACGUCCCAUGAUCCUGACUCUGACCACAUGAGGGCGCUGCUGAGGCUGCAGCAGGAGCUCAUGAGCCACGUCCUGACUACCUCUGACCCCUGA